AUGAAGUUCAGCAACGCUGUUCGCUGCGUCCUGGGAAGCGUCCUGCUCGCCAACGCACAGGUGGACCUUGGGACCGCCGCCAGCUUCGGCGCUCUUGCCCCAGCUGGAGUCACAAACACUGGCGACACUGUCAUUAACGGCGAUGUCGGAACCACAGGCACAUCUGUGACCGGCUUCCCUCCCGGCGUAUACACCGGAAGCCUGUACAUCGGAGACGGCGUCGCCGCUCAAGCCCAAGCCGACUCCACCGCAGCCUUCAACCAAGGUCAAGCCCUCACUCCGACCCAAGACUUCGGCGCCCUCGCCGAACUCGGUGGUCUCGUCGUCGGUCCAGGAGUCUACAGCUUCGACUCUGCCGUUGACCUCACCGGCGUGUUGACCCUCUCAGGCGCUGGAACCUACGUCUUUCAGAUCGGAUCCAGCCUCACCACCGCCAGCGCCUCGGUCGUUGCCUUGACCAAUGGAGCCAGGGCCUGUGAUGUUUACUUCAUCGUCCGCUCCGCCGCCACCAUUGGCACGGACAGCAACUUCGCUGGAAACAUCCUCGCGGGUACUGGCAUCACUCUCAACACUGGGGCGACUGUUGCCGGCGGUUUGUAUGCUGGCUCUGCCGUCACACUCGACUCCAACACCGUGUCUUCGUGCGGCGGCGCGACUCCUCCAAGCAGCUCCAGCACGACUGUUUCGGCGACAUCCGCUUCUACUACCGUCAGCGUGACUGCUAGCACGACAUCCGAGCCAUCGUCCAGCACAACUGUUUCGACUACGGCUUCCGUUCCUACUAUGACUACAGCUCAAACGUCGACUACUCAGAAGUCCACGACUGAAAAGUCGACCACCAAGGCCACGACCACAACGGGCAAAUCGACCUUCACCACAGUUACCAAGACGACCAAGAAGACUACUACGACUCAGAAGAACACCCCGCCGGCUUACCCGACUACUACUACCACCAAGAAAGCGACCACAACAACUAAGAAGGCCACUACAACAACGAAGAAGGCUGAGACGACAACAACCAAGAAAGCCACGACAACAACCAAGCAGGCCACGACAACGACCAAGAAAGCUGAGACGACAACCAAGAAGGCCGAGACGACAACAACCAAGAAAGCUGAGACGACAACAACCAAGAAGGCCGAGACGACAACAACCAUGAAAGCCGAGACAACAACCAAAAAGGCAACGACAACAACACAGAAGGCUACUACAUCGACCGAAAAAGCCACAACAACAACCAAGAAGCCCACCUCUACAACCACCACCAAGGUCACAUCCACUACUACCAAGGGCCCAGCACCACCUCCCCCACCUCCAACCAAGCCAGCACCUCCUCCAGCCCCGGCUCCUCCAACUCCGAAACCGGCUCCGCCUCCACCUGCGCCGCCUGCUCCGCCUGCUCCACCCGCAGCUCCAAAGGAGUGA